AGCAAAUCAGAGAACAGUUAAAUUAGGCAUUAUCUGGAGCAGCAGCAGUUAUCUCCGGAUACAGACAAGCCUCGGUGACAAGUCCAAACGCGGAGAGGACAACUACAAGUUUUUCGACUGUCGCUUAUUUUCGCUAAAGUCUGAAUUCUGGGCUAAAAUCAGGAAGAAAGAAGAUACUGGGAACUUCGACGGCGAUAUUCAAUCAAGUCACUUGGAAAAGAGGGUUCCCGACUUUAUCACCAACCAUCCUUAUCUGGAAAGAAUUCCGUUCUCUGUGGCGCUGAUCAGAAAACCAUUGCAUUGGAGAUUUUGGACGUUAACAAGGUUUUUAACUACAAUCUGGGCGAAUUUUGAGAUUUCGAAAUCUAGCUUAUUAACUGGAUAUAUCAUGUAUUCGAGCCUGGCUUUAUCUUCCAACCCGUCCCCCUACGCACACGAUUCUGGGAACUACAUCCAUCCGUCUGCCAGCUCACCUGUGUAUGUACCCACCACUCGUGUACCAGCGAUGCUCCAGACCUUGCCCUACCUACAGACUUGCGAGUCCAGCCACCAAGCCCAUGGGAUCAGCAGUCACCACGCCUGGCCACAGACUGGCACAGAGAAUUCUUCGUUCAAUCCUGGUAGCCCUCAUCCGCCGCCCGGUUUUUCUUAUUCGCACAGUCCGCCGAUGAGCAGCAGCACCGGCCGAGACGCCGCGUACCAGAACCCGCUAGUGUUGAGUAACGGCGGCCGUGCGGAUCAAUAUGGAAGUGCCCUGGUGCGCUCCGUCGGUGGCUCUUACUCCAGCCCGUACGCGGCCUACAUGAGCCCGGAGAUGGCAACCUCAUGGACGCCUGGACCCUUUGAUGGCGGCAUGAUCGGUCUUCAGGGACGCCAGGGAACACUACCGGGAAGGAGGUCCAGUAUAGACAUGCUGGAUGACCUGCCGUGUGAAGGGCGCGAGUGUGUGAACUGCGGCUCCAUCUCAACGCCGCUGUGGAGGAGAGACGGAACCGGACACUACCUGUGCAACGCGUGCGGCCUUUACCACAAGAUGAACGGCAUCAAUCGACCUCUCAUCAAACCACAGAAACGCCUGCAAAGCACGUCACGACGAGCAGGUCUGUGUUGCACUAACUGUCAUACUAGCACGACAACACUGUGGAGGAGAAACGCAGAGGGGGAGCCAGUCUGCAAUGCAUGUGGACUCUACAUGAAGCUUCAUGGGGUGCCAAGACCAUUAGCAAUGAAAAAAGAAAGCAUUCAGACAAGGAAACGCAAACCAAAGAUGCCCAAAACCAAAUCAUCCUCAGGGUCAACAGUGUCUGGCGCUACGUCUCCCACUUCACUGCCUGUGUCAGAAAACGCCUCUACAAUAAAAAGUGAACCUAGUAUCGCAGCUUCUCCAUAUGCAGGCCAAACUGUUGUCUCGGUCACACAGGUAUCAACACAGUUGGAUAGUGCCAGUUCAGCCCAUGUGGACAUCAAAUAUGAAGACUACACAUACACCCCGACGUCGAUCGCCCCACAGAACUCCUGGUGUGCUCUGUCUCAAGCAUGAUCUGAGACCUUCGCUGAACCUCUCCAGCACAGGAGAAAAGACUUUUAACUGAAUCUACCUAAUAGGACUUUUACACAAAUGUAGACAGACGGAGCUUAGGAAAGCAAGACAUUGACUGUAAUUUGUGCUACUUUGCCUCCUUGAUUUAUGGUGGCAUAUCUAUGAUGUCAGGGCCAAUUCAUGCAAUUUCACUAAGAAUAUGGUGGACGACAAGUAGCACCUCUGUAACAGUUCCCGAGUUCCAAUGAUCUGGAGGACAAAAAACAUGCUUUUUAUGGCUACUGAACAUUUCAUGGCUUAGUUGUUAAUGAUUACCUUUUAAGAUACAUUAUUUAUGUUGAGAUAAGAAUGGUGGAGGCACACAAGUCUCUCUCCCACAAUUCUCCUUAUCCUUCAGGGAAUGCGUCUUUAUGGUCGUUAUGACUUGAGAUCGCAUACUUUCCCUGGAUGAGGCCUUUUAAAAGUUUCCUUGUUGUCUUUGCUGAUUCUAGACUCUGUCAAUGUUGUAUUGUAUUCCUCCGAUGAUCUGAAGUGCAAUGACCCGUGCCGCUUUUCAGCCGAUUUUGAAAAGGGACACGUUUAUAUUAAUUGUUUCGAAAUUUUGUGUUUUGUUUUUUGUCAGAAUAUGUUAACCUAAAUUUAUUUGAUGUAUUUUGUUGAUAUAUAUUGGAAUUAUAUCGUUUUAUUGCAUUUAAAACUGACCGACAUCUACUUUGUGUCUGCGCUUGUUGAGUUGUCCAGGAAAAUCUAAACUGUUUAAGGGUUAGUUCACCCAAAAAGUGAAUUCUGUUGUUAAUUACUCAUAAUUAUUCAUUCAUGUUCUGGUCACAAAUUAAGAUAUUUUAGAUGAAAUUCGAGAGAUUUCUUGUCUUCCGUAGACAGUAAGGGUCACAAGACGUUCAAAGUCCAGAAAAAGGAAUCAAAAACAUUGUCAAAAUGUUACAUGUGACUUAAAUUGUUCAAAUGUAAUCAUAUGAAGCUCCAAAAACACAAAAAAAGUAAAAAAAAUGUAUGUCUGUUCACCUACAGUAUAUCUUCUUUGCCACAUCAGGUCAUCAAGGUGAGGUGUCAUUAGGUGUACAAUUUUGUGUCAUUAGAGUCAGCAUUUUGUGGAAAACAUUGUCAAACAAAGUUGUUUUUACGGAUGUUUUGGUGGGCCAGAACUGAUUUUGGUUUCGAAUGAUUACAGUUGAACCAUUGAAAUGACAUUGAAUUUUUUGACAAUGUUUUUGGUUUCUUUUCUGAACUUUGACCAUCUUAAGACUUGCUCUCUAUGAAAGAUCAGAGAGCUCUUCGAUUUAAUCUAAAAAAUCUAUAAAUUAUUUGCAUAUGGGUAAAUAACUAAUAACAGAAUCUCAAUUUUUGGCUGAACUAACUCUUUAAAGUCAUGUAUGUGACUUUUAAAUAUGAAUUCAUAGACAUAUUUCUAAAUCUGUACCACAAAUAAAAGAAACACAGCUACUACAGAAAAGAAAUUCCCCAAACCAGACUUCUGCACACACAUUGUGUUUGGUCUUUUCCCAGUUUGACGAACAACAUCAUGUUUCCCAUCGGAUCCAAAUAAACAAAACUUGCUUUUAUCACUAAA